AUGGAGCUAAUGAAAUUUAUGCCAGGAAAGAUUAGAACGGAUGGAAGGGAGUCACCGCGCCAAGCAUUGGCAAGGAAGACGCUCGCGAUAAAAGAUUUGAACAGCCAAGAACUUACCGGUCAGGAGAGAGGAGGGCACGACCCUUGGAAGGGAAAAGGCUCCGGCGCGGCCUGCCGGUCCGCCCGCGCCUCUGACUCCCGCGCCGCUCCCCUCCGGCUCGCGUCCACUCACCCGCGUCCUUCGCGCCCUGCCGGCUCGCCGCCGUGCCGCCCUACGCCCUUGCCGGCUCCUCUCGCCGCGCCGCUGCGCCGACUCCGCAUCCGGCUGGUCCGCCUUGCUACGCCUCCAGCACCGGCGCCCCACUCCGGCUCGCGCCAUGGUGUCGCCGCCGCGUCUGGCCGCCGCCGCCUCGGCCUCGCGUGCCGCGCCUCAAACCCACCGCCGUGUACCCCGUGCGCCGCCACGCCUGGCCACGCCACCCGUUCGCCGCCCCCACCCCCGCGCCGGAUCGCGCCGCCUGCUCGACGCCCUCCGGACCGCGCACCCGCCGCCGCCCCGGCACGCAUGGCCACGCGCCCGGCCGACGUCGCCCCAACCGCCCGCCCGUAG